CGGGCGACGAACUCAAUGGGCAGAAGUCGCCGUUUAUCAAAUAACUUCUAACGGGAUGCAUGCCAUACCCAGGCCGCCAGGAGUAUGAACGUCGAGCCCCGAGAUCAGACACCGCUGGUCACCCGACUUACGUCGAAAGUUCUACAUGCCACUCACUGUUCGGAUCGAUAUCAUUUGGAUAGCAUUAAGUCCUCUUGUUCGGAACUGGUUUCGACUCUGAGUUGGAACAAGGUUCAUGGGCCAAUAUAAAUACCCCUGAUCAGCCUCUGUAGACCUUCACUCGUCCAGUGCACCUUUCGUUGGACGUUUAUUAUCCAGCAUAUCUUUUCUUUCCAAACUGUCUGACAUCAAUUCGAUCAACAUGUCUUCAAUCCAAAGCGGCAACUCGGACUUUGAUGUCUUCCAACAAGUUUUCGCGUUGUCCAUGGCUUCAAACGCUCUCUAUACCUCGAAAGGAGACAAUGACGCUCUCCUAAACUGCCUGCAGGCCAAGUUACCCGGUAUCGUCUCAGCUAUCAACGGCCAGUGGAAAGUGGUAUGGGGACCGGUGAUUUGGAAAGCCCAGCCAGACAACGCAGAUACUGGGCCCGACAACACAUGGUUUGUCGCAUAUAGCCCAAGCGUCACCUUCGAUGAUGGCAGCACACGCGAGGCAUACGUAGUAGCUGUCGCUGGGACAAAUGCCAGUUCGACUUAUGGCUGGUACGAAAACCUCGCAGUUGGCAGGGUAGUGGACUUUCCCGCAUGGGUGAAAGGCGGAGUCACUGAGCUCCCGGUGCCAGUGAACAAAGUAGACAUUGUCUUGACAGGGACAUACGCAGCAUACGGGACGGUCACUGCUGUUCACACCCUACUCACUGAGCCUUCGCCUCCGGGCUCAGCCUCUGCGGGUCUCACACUCCAUAAAUACCUGACCGGCAUACUCGCGUCGGAGUCAACGAGAGUGGUGUUCACGGGACACAGUCUCGGCGGGACUUUGUCUCCUACGUUAGCACUUGCGCUCGCCAGUUCAGGUGCCCUGAAAGGGGAGGGGGUUGUGUAUCCCACCGCGGGAGCGAGCCCCGGUAAUGGGGCCUUUGCGAAUCUCUUUGCAAAAACUUUCCCACCAUCCCCGAGCACACCCCCUAACACUGGGUACGCAGUCUGGAACAGAAACAUCAUCAACCCUCGCGAUAUCAUACCACAGGCGUGGUGCACGAAGCGACUACUAUCACAUGCGCAGAACUUGAAAAACAUACCCUCCAUAUACGGCCUUCCAACUUUACCACUCGUCGAACUCGUCGUGUUUUUGCUCAAAGCCAGUGCCAACAAAUCACACACCGUGUACAUCCCACUCCCGAGCCACAUCCUUCCCGACGUCAAACCUGAAACGACUCCUGGAAACGUGACUGAGUUUCUGGGCAUCGCAUUGGGCAAUCACAAUACAUUUUAUAACAAGGUGUUUGGCGUGGAGUUGCCAGUUAUAGACUGCCCAGAACUCACAAAGAAGACGGAGAAGGAGAUAUUACUUGAAUAUCCUGUCAUUGGAGACAUCGAGUGGGGAAAGGAACACCCGGUUGAAGCGGAGGCCGUAGUGGCCGCGCUGCGGGCAGAGGGUGUAGUCGAUGACGAUGAGGAGUGAAGAGUUCAAGUAGGCUUCGGAGUGAAUAUGCGUUGAACAGUCUGUAUGUACGAUACGGUGUGUUGAUGGCGAUGGUAAUACCGAACGAUAAGAUGGCUGCUUAUGACGCACAUGCAUGUAGGCUCGCUCAAGGCGCCCAUAGACACAAAUACGGCAACCUCAGAGUGCCAAACGUGAUCUCGUAAGUGCGGAACUAGUUGGUAGUUGAGAUCACAUCCAUUCAAAAAACAGCAUGUCAGGAGUAGGGUCUCAUCAGCGUGGGUGAAAGCCCAAG